UCGCAAACAGCUAGUACAAAAGUUGGCCCAUCAAACAAGCACAGACUUCUCAAACCCGACUGCGACGGCCUCCGUCUCUCUUCCUGAACCCUCCCGCGACCACGCCGCCGACCAUGGCCGCCGCCGGGGAGGUGGACCCGACUCCCACCCCCGACCUCCCCAACGGUGACAAGACCAAGUCACGGGAUACCGACCGCCGCCGCCGCCGCCGCAAGGCCAAGAAGAACAAGGCCGCCGCCAAGGAGGCCGGAGCCAGCGAUGCCGAUGCCAAAGAGGCGGAUGAGGGCACUUCCGGUAAGGAGAAUGCCGAUCCGAACUCCAAGCCCCAGGUGGAGGUGGAGGUGGAGUACGUGCCGGAGAGGGCCGAGCUGGACGACCCCCUCCUCGACGACUUCAAGACCAUCUUCGAAAAGUUCACCUUCAAGGACACUGCAGCAGCCGCCGCCGAGGAUGAAGAGAAGAGGGAGGAGGGUGGUACCAGUGCCGCAAAGAAGGGGACAUCAGAUGACGACGACGAUGACGAUGAGCAGGAGAUCCAAAGGACGAAGGAAGGAGGGCUCUCCAAUAAGAAGAAGAAGCUCCAGCAGAGGAUGAAGAUUGCAGAGCUAAAACAGAUAUGCAACAGACCUGACGUUGUAGAGGUCUGGGAUGCAACUGCCGCGGAUCCAAAAUUGCUUGUAUAUCUCAAGUCCUACAGAAAUACUGUCCCUGUCCCUAGACACUGGUCCCAAAAGCGGAAGUUCUUGCAGGGAAAGAGAGGUAUUGAGAAACAGCCGUUCCAGCUUCCUGAUUUCAUUGCUGCAACUGGAAUAGAAAAAAUAAGACAGGCUUAUAUUGAGAAAGAGGACAGCAAGAAGUUGAAACAGAAACAGCGGGAGCGCAUGCAGCCCAAAAUGGGCAAGAUGGAUAUAGAUUACCAGGUUUUGCAUGAUGCGUUCUUCAAAUAUCAAACAAAACCAAAGUUGACUAGUCAUGGUGAUCUGUAUUAUGAAGGCAAAGAAUUUGAGGUCAAGUUAAGGGAAAUGAAGCCGGGCACGCUGUCCCGAGAACUUAAAGAAGCUCUCGGUAUGCCUGAUGGCGCCCCGCCCCCAUGGCUUAUAAACAUGCAGCGCUACGGUCCGCCACCCUCUUACCCUCAUCUGAAGAUCCCUGGUCUAAAUGCUCCAAUCCCUCUUGGUGCCAGUUUCGGUUAUAGACCAGGGGAGUGGGGAAAGCCUCCUGUGGAUGAGCAUGGGCGCCCACUUUAUGGAGAUGUUUUUGGAGUCCUCCAGCAGGAUGAACCUAAUUACGACGAUGAACCUGUUGAUCGCAGCAAGCACUGGGGAGAUUUGGAAGAAGAGGAGGAGGAGGAAGAGGAAGAGGAGGAGGAGGAGGAAGAACCAAUGGAAGAUGAGGAAAUGGAAGAUGGAAUUCAGUCCGUCGACACCAUGUCAAGUACUCCAACUGGUGUGGAAACACCCGAUGUGAUUGACCUUCGAAAGCUGCAGAGGAAGGAGCCUGAGAAGCAGGCAGAAAAGCCGUUAUACCAGGUUCUUGAACAGAAAGAAGAAAGGAUCGCCCCUGGGACACUAUAUGGGUCAAGUCAUACGUAUGUGCUGGGAGCACAAGAUAAAUCAUCAGCUUCUAAAAGGGUGGAUCUGCUCAAGAAUCAAAAGUCGGACAAGGUGGAUGUCACCAUCCAACCAGAGGAACUGGAAGUAAUGGAUGACGUUCUGGCAGCCAAGUACGAAGAAGCGCGAGAGGAAGAGAAGCUUCGCAAUCAAAAGGAGGAUUUCAGUGACAUGGUGGCGGAGAACGCGAGCAAGAGGAAGAGGAAGCAAGAGAAGGAAGGCAAGUCAAAGAAGAAGGAAUUCAAGUUUUAGACAAGUUGCCACUCUAGCAGGAAGCAUGAAUUCAGCAACCUCUGCAUUGCAUUUCAUUGCAUUGCUUUUGGGUUCCUGAUGUACCAGACCAGACUGAUCUUGGAGUCGUGGAGUUCCUUGUUUAACUAUGGCUGUCAAGUUAAUGCAUGCAGUAUUUGUAUUUGUAUUUAUAUUUGUUUGACCUGACCUGACCUGACCUUGUUAGGUCGCAGCUGGCUGGUUUGGUGAGCCGAGCCUGCUGUGAUGUGAAUUCAUGUGAUGCUGCGGUUCCAUCUC